AUGGGAACUAACCCAAAAAGGACAGUGACAGUCCAGAUGGUGCCUCAGCUGGCUGUGGCGGACACACUGGGCAAUAAGGAGCCUAAUGCCAACUGGACUAAAGAGUCCAACCUCAAACUCUCUCAGGUUUGUCCAAAACCCACCCUCACAUCUCCUGACCGCAAACAGGAUAACUUAUCUCUGACUGCUGCUCCCACUAGCACCGCCACACAUACCCAAAAAACAGCUUCCAAGGGCGGCGAACCAGUUAGCAGCACUGUGUCAGACAAACCAGUUCCAGCCAAUGGAAAACAGGCAAAAUCUGAGCAUGUGACGGGGGGAGACCAACAGAUGCCAGACCUGUCUCUAACGGGCCAAGGUGUGGGUGAGGCAGGAGGCGACCGGAGGGAUUCUAACGCUAAUAUGCAAAUGUUAAGCCUGGGUGAUGAAAAGGAUAUCUGUAAAGGCGCUUUAAAACGCGCACCGACCACCAUGCAGACCAGUGACUGCAGAAUAGAAGGGCCAAGUGCAGCAGAGCAGGAGUGUGCAAAGGCGACAUCCUCAGCCAAAGCCACAGCGCAAGAGGACAGUAAUAAACAGGUUUCUCCAAAUAAUAAAAAUAUUGACAAGGCCUGUGAAUUAAGGCAUACUGCAUCUGCACCCCAACAGGAUAACGAAGGGAGUAUAUCAGCUUCCAAAAACAAGGACACUGCUAAUGCGCAGAAAUCUAAAGAGCCUGAUCAUAUACAGAGUUACUCAGAAAGCCCUGUCAGUCUGCAAGAGACUCCCAAACCUAAAAAAAGCAUGGAAACGACAGCUGCACUUAGCUCUACUGCACCUCCAUGUAAGAGCAAAGAAGCAGAGGCCGGGUUUACAAAUAAGAAUUCAAGUUCAACACUUCCAGGGGAGGGUAUGCAACCAGCAAAGAAACCACAAGUCUCCUCAAAUAAAAAUCAGCCAGCGUCUUCACAGAAGGACUCCGCCACUCUGCCCCAGGCUAUACAAAACAUGCCGGCAUAUGGGCAGGUGGCUGAGGAAGCCAGCCAGACUGACACAGCUGCCUUUGAAGGGCACCAGCAGCAGCACUGCAAACUCUACAGGGAGGCUUCGACUAUGACCUCAUCCCUGUCAUCCACCCCAGUCAAGCAGUGUCAUGAUGUGGAGGUUCAGGCGGUGGCUAACACAUGCAGUAAGGCUGUGGCCACAAGCCCCAGCUUGCUGCCCUUCGCUGUGACUCGCGGGACGAGCGGUGGUGCAGUCCCCAGGGAGGAGGCGCAGAGCCUGGCUGUAGUCUGUCAGGUGGACGGGGGUGUGGGUCUCCGUCAGAUGAACAUGACCUCUCUAUCUGCCUCUACUGAUCCGAAGUCAGAGAGACUGACAGUUGAGGCGGUGAUGUGCCAGAGCCAAAGCGCAGGCGUGGUUUUUAACUCUUUGUCCCAGCAGCAAGAUGCCAGGCUAGGGGCUAAGCCUAAAGAACCGGGGCCAGCUUUAUGCAACAUCCAGCCAGUUUAUCAAAUCAACAUUGAACACAGCAACCACAAGGAGCAAGGAAAGACAGGUAACUCCCAAUAUAAAACUGAAGCUCAGACAUCUGCAGCAAAAGCAACCCCUGCUGAAGCUCCUUCUUUCAAAUCAGGAACACCCCCAGGGACAGCUGGUGCUUCCAAGACUGGAUCUGCUGACAGUAACAAUGCUGCACUGUCUCAGGGUGCUGUUACAUCCAAGCCCGACCAGGCCCUGCCAACAACAACAGCAGCAAACAUCAAAUCCAAGUCAGAUCCGACUAAAAACAAAACUGAGAGAUCAAAAGAAAAGAGUAAAGAAGCUGGGAGUAAAGCCCUGACGAAGGAGACAAGUUCUGGCAAACAGAAGCCAGAACCGGAGAGAAGCAAAGAAGAGGACGACCAGUCAGGGAAGCAGAAAGGAAAGAGCGUCCACGAUGUCGUCUGGGAUGAACAAGGGAUGACCUGGGAGGUUUAUGGGGCUUCUGUGGACCCAGAAUCCCUGGGUUUUGCCAUUCAGAGCCACUUGCAGUGCAAAAUCAAGGAGCAAGAGAGGAAACUGAUGGUCCAGACCUCGUUCCGAAAGUCAGUCUCUGGUGUCGACUCACCGCGGCAAGGCAGGAAGAACAAAAGGAGGCAGCAGAACAUUUUCAGGUCAAUGCUGCAAAAUGUCAGACGGCCCAACUGCUGCGUGCGUCCCCCUCCCUCCUCCGUCCUCGAGUAG